GUCGACUGUCAUCUGUGGAAAAUGGUCUGAAGGAGGGAGACCGACGUCUGGCUGAACUGAUGACUGAGUGUAGAGCUCAAUCUGCGAAUCUUUCAAGGCUGGAAAAUGGGCUGAGUGUGAGUCAGCGUCGUCUGGAUGAUCUGCGGACAGAAUUCCACAGCUCAAACAUCCAAACUGUUGGAUCUGGAGAGAGACGUGAUCGUGAGACACAGCGGACUGGAUGUCGUGAAUGAAGCCUGUCAAGCUGAGCUGUGGGCUGUGACGCUCAGACUGAACUCCACCGAGUACCAGAUCCACCACCUGACCACGGAACACACAGUCCUGCAGGUCCGAGUGAGAGGCAGCGAGGCCGCGGUGCACCAACUGGACUCACACAUCGAAGCUUUGGGGCACAAACUGAGAUCCACUGAGGAGCAGCAGAAGACUCAGACUUUAGAUGUUGGAAUCCGACUGAACUCCACAGACAGACUGAUCCAGGAGCUGCAGAGCGAUACAGCAGAUGUGAGCAGCAGACUGAAUGUUACUGAAGAUCAGCUGGAGCAGCUCAGAAAUACCAAUGCAGAUGACCUGAAGGUGGCGUUCUCAGUCGGUCUGUCUGAUUCUGGGUCAGUUGGACCGUUUGAUGAGGAGCAAAUUUUAAUCUUCACGAAAAUCUUCUUCAACGUUGGCCGAGCGUACAACCAAACCGCAGGAGUGUUCACAGCUCCACUCAGAGGCGUUUACUUCUUCAGCUUCACGGCUGCAGAUUUCCUGAAAGGCUACAUGGGCGUGUACCUGUACAAGAACCGCCAACCAGUCACCUUCAGCCUGGACCUGAACGAUCACGGCGGCUACGCUUCAACAUCCAGCGGCGUGACCUUGCAGCUGGACAAGGGCGACGUGGUCUGUCUCAGACUGCCGGCCAGCUAUCGGCUCUACGACGACUCACGAAACUUUUCCAUCUUCUCUGGGUUCUUACUGUUCCCCCUCUGACCAGAAGGAGCGCGCAUUUAAACAAAACAUUUUACUCAACAUCACGCAGUUUCAGGUUCAGGACACAAACAGUCUAUGCCAGAAACUACGAGCAGGUUUGAUUAAAAUUUAACUCAACUGGAAGACAUAUCCAAGAGAAAUUCCAUCCUUUUGUCAGGCAAAACCUUCUGUGUCCUAAAACUCAAGAACUGUAAAACCCUCAAAAUUUGUAUAUAUUAAUACUGUGAACACAAAGAUCUGUGUAUAAAAUCAAUCAAUCAAUCAAUUGCGCUCUUCUGACAUUUAUAAAUGCCUUUUUUUAAACCUGUAUUUUAGGUUUCAAGUAGGAAAUGUAUCAGAAGCCCUGAAAUGCUCACAUCACCCACUGGAUGGCAACAAAAGCUGCUCAAAUGUGCUGCAAGGUCUCAACUGUUUAUUCAUUUGAGAAGUUAACUUUUUGGUGAAAAUAAGACGGACUGACAGACCAAAAUCAACUUAGUUUUUACAUUUUCACAGGUAAACUCAACAUUACUGCAACUUUAAAACUUUUAUUCAAUUUUGACAAAACUCCAUACAGUAGAAACUGACCUUUGACCUAUAUUCUGUCUUCUGAAGUCAGUUUGUUUUCUGGAAUACAAAUUCAGCACCAAUUAACCAGUGAUGCCAGUGCUCUUUGCCAAAAUUGUAAAAACCGCAAAUGCUCAUUUUAGUAAUUCUCAGUAACAAAGACUGAAAAUCUGUGAUGAAACUGCAUCAGUCAUUUUUUCCCCUUUACAUCAUCUGUAGUCCAACAGCAAGAACGUGAACAGUGUCGUUAUCAGUAGUCCUGCAAAAUGCAAGUUUUGAUGCACAAUAAAUUGUCAGAUUAAACUGGGUUGUGAACAAAAUUGACGUUCAUUUGGACAUUCAACACAUGUUCAAUAAAAAAAAAAAACACCUUUUGCUCAGUUCAGUGCAUCAGUUUGGUUCUUGCUAUUUUUCCCCCCAUUAGUUUAAUUUACUUAUUUUUUUUCUUGCAGUUCACAUUACAUUUUCAAGAACUUAAUAUGUCAACAGCUGUCUUAAAAGCCGAUACUGAUCUGAUACUGACUGAUCGCUCUGUUGUUGGUGUCAGUGUAAACCGCGACCUUCCUUUGAUGGCGUCCUUAUUACAACAGCGCCACACAAAGAUGGAAGGGAUGUGGGUCAGUUUGCUGAAUAGCAUUAAGAAUCAAAUAACUGUGAAUGGCACAGGUUCAAGUACCCAUGUUGGUGGAAACAGUCUGUAAGUAGUGAUGGCCAAGUGCAGCCUCAUGAAGCAUUAGGGUUUUUUUUUAGAAUAAAUAAAAUGGUAAAUGGGCUGCAUGUUUAUAGCACUGUACAAUGAUAUCUCACAUUCACCCAUACAAUGACAUCAGAGUGCUGCCAUACAAAGCACUCUCUACACACCAGGAGUAACUUGGGGAUUAAGGAUGUUGCCCAAGGGCCCUUAGUAAUUUUCCAAAAUGACGGCGGUUUGAACCGAGGAUCCUCUGGUUUCAAGCCCACUGCUUACCAACUAGACCACCACCUCCACUGGAUGGCAGUCUCUUCAAAAAGGAUUCAAAGCAAGCUGAAGUGCAUUGUGCUUUGCACUUUUGUUUUUAAAAGCGACUGCCUUCUAGUGGGCUCAACAAAUGCCAUAUGCUCCACGAGGCCUCAUUUGGCCAUCACAUUUUUGUCUGAUUAAAACAAGAAGCAGCAGUACAAACAGCACCAUUGUUUGUUGGCUAUUUGGUCUUUCAUUAUGACCCAUAAUGCAAUGCAUCACUGCAUUGUGCUUUUUACUAUGAGUGUCUUGAGUUCUGUUAUUGAGUAUUUGAGCAAAAGUGCAGUGAGGAAAAGUUUGACAAUCCGGUAAGCCUGGGCCAUUUUAGAUUAAAUAAUAUCGGCAGUGAAAAUAUGAAACACAAACGAACUUUUCUAGUGACUUUUCACACGUGCAUCAUUGCGUUGUUGCAUUAUGGGUAACGGCAAAAAAAAUGCAAUGGUGAGGAUGCAGGCCGUACAAUCUGCUUUGCUCCCAGUAAGUGUGUAUAUAUUUACUUAGGUAUAUAUCCAAGGUCAACAAACUGUGCAGUACAUUUGUUAAAUGGGUUUUACUGAACACAUACUGGACUCACCCGACCCACUGCAGACACACUGUGCGCACAAUUAUGAGGCAAGUUAUAUUCUUGAGGCUUUUUUUUCUUGAACAAACGUAGCACUCUGUCACUCCAAAUCUGAAUGUUUAACAAAAGAAACGUCAGUUUUGAUGUUCUCAGGGGAACAUAUAUGUGUGCACAGUUAUUAGACAACUAUCAGUGUGCAGAAUUAUACAACUAAAUUAUUCUUAUUAGAGUAAGUAUAAUCAAAAUGAACUGAAUAAUAACUUUUGCAAUUUCAAAAAAUGGUUCCGUGUGUCCCUUCAUGAUCCAGCCACGGGUCCAUUGAGAGUCACUCAUUUCAUCUGUCCAUAAAACCUUAAAAAAACAAAAUCCGUCUUUAGAUAUUUCUUGGCCCAAUCUUAUUUCAACUUGAGUCUUGUUCAGCGGUAGUCGUUUCAUUCUUCCUGAAUUUGGCCACUGAACACCUUGAACUGCUGGAGCCUUCAGGUAGGUGGCAGAUCUGGAAUAUGGUGGCACGGGAGGAUGACAUGUUCCUGGGUGCAUCAUGUUUGAUUCUUAAGUCUUUUGGAGUUAAUUUGCAUCUUUUAUUCUCCAUACGUUUCUUGCCACCCGUAUUUGCAACAAAAUGUUUGAUUGUCGGAUGAUCACUCCCCAAUAGCUCAAUGUACGCAUUUGGUAGCAGCGGACUACAGGAUGCCGGACUGACCGCGAGAGACCGUGCCAUGAAGCUGAUGCAGCACACUGCAGUCUGUGUUUGGAAUACAUGUUGCCGUGGUGACAGGCCCAUUAAAGGCAUGAUGACUGAACACUGCCCCCCCCCAGCAACAUAUGCUUAUGUGGUCAUCUCAACAAUAGGGCAGUGCAGUUUCGCUUGAACCCUGCAUAAUAUCAUGGGAUUUGACGGGGACAGCCUCCCGUUGCGUAACACAAACACAGCAUCACUUCACAUGGAUAAAUUGUGUACUGUUUUAUUUUUCUGCUGCAAUUACCAAAGCAGUCGCGAAAAGUGCUUUUUUAUUUCCCGCUUCUCAGUGGAGAAGGGAAGACAAGGCAAAUGUGAGAGGUCGUGUCGGUAAGUGUUAGCCUACACAGCUAAUGAGAGUAGCUGCAUUCUCUCGCAUGUACAACCUCGACACGUUUGAGCUCCGGGUCGUAAAUGUAUCGCAACACGUCGACUUUCCACCGCAUCAUCGAUUUUUCUUUCCAUUUUCACUUUGUUUGCAUGCAAUUUGCCCAAAAACUCUGUGUUGUGUUUCUGUCUCUGGAAGUAGAGAAAUUACAUCAUAUGCAUCAUAUUUUACCCCUUUAGCACCUACCCUCAAAUGAGACUGCACUGCCUACUUGCACCUACGUUUUCAUAGCAUUUGAGUUCCUGAUUUGUUUGUUCAGCUUCGUAAAACUUCGUAAAAACCUUGCAACUGUUAGAAUGGUCUAAGCAGUGCGUCACCCCUCUGUCUAGUCUGCUUGAGGUUUCUUCCUCAAUAUCAUCUGAGGGAGUUUUUCCUGACUACUGUCGCCUAUGUGCUUGCUCUAGGGGUUGCUAAGGUUAGACCUUACUUGUCUGAAGCACCUUAAGGCAGCUUUGUUGUGAUUUUGAGCUAUAUAAAUGAAAUAAACUGAAAUGGAAUAACUUAGUUUUUCUGGAGUAUUGCAUCCCUCUGAAAGGCAUUUCACAAUUUUUUUUGACUUUCCAGUGAGUGUUAAAUCUCUCUUUACCCAUUUUGUUUGUGGGAAAGUAGCUGUCUCAUAAUUAUGCACAACUCAACAUCAGGUGUUAAAUGACUUUCAGCCACACCCUCCUCCAUUACACAAAGACAUCACUUGAGAAUGGUCAAAUCCGGUCAGCAUUCAGAUGUCCUGGAGAUGGAAAAUAUGCACAGCAAUGACUGCAUGGUCAGAAUAACCACUUGCCUCAUAUGUGGGCACAAUGUGCUGUACUGAUGCCCCACUUAUAAUACAGAGUAUUUAUCUAUUUUUCCAUUCGCUUGAUUUGCCAUGCUUAGGGAUUUGCGUUUACCUUCUAUUUUCACACUGUACUUUGCCCUACUGUUACAAUUUUAUUAUGACUGUUGCUCUGACACUGCAAAAUCUCCCAUGUGAGAUGAAUAAAUCAUCUUAAAAAAUGGGUGAGCCUAUGAAAACAGCACUGUAAUUGCUGCAGUGUUGACCUGAUUUGGAGAAAAAAAAAAGCCUCAAAUUACAGCCUAGUCUUCAAACUCAAAUACAUUAUUUGCCCUUAACUGGAAUUGUCUGUGACAGCUAAAAUAAAAA